AGGCCGGCUGAAUACACGAACACACCUUACUCACGACCAACUGGAUCAGUUAUCAGCUGCCUGCCUCUCCUAGCUGUUGAAAACUUUCUUGCCCGUGAUUAUUUUCUGCUUUUCGUUUGCGUCGUAGUUUGAAAGUGGUCUGCAUCUUUGGCAACUAGUUCUAAUCAACGUCGCAACCCCCUAUCAACAGUUCAACGACGCCCUUUGGCUGCUAAAUGGGGGUCUUUGUCGCAUCUGAAGCCUAACGAUAGGCUGCUGCCGCUGUAUUUUGCAUCGUUCGGCCUAAAACUUGUUCUGCAAUGAGUCUGCCAACGACCCAAGGAGCUUUGAGCAAGCUCAAAAAGAAACAUUUUCGAGUUAAACAUCAAAAAGUAAAGUUAUUCCGAGCCAAUGAGCCUCUCCUUUCCGUCUUCAUGUGGGGAGUCAACCACACAAUCAAUGAAUUGAGCCACAUGACAAUUCCUGUCAUGCUUUUGCCAGAUGACUUCAAGGCUUAUUCUAAGCUCAAAGUUGAUAAUCAUCUUUUCAACAAGGAAAAUAUGCCCAGCCACUUCAAAGUCAAAGAAUACUGCCCUCUAGUUUUUCGCAACUUGCGUGAGCGCUUUGGUGUUGAUGACAUUGACUACAAGGAAUCAAUGACGAGGACCCAACGCUAUCAAAUGUGGCGAAGAGCACAGCCUGACGACAGUUGGCAUGAAUCGCCUCAUGGGUUGCACCGUUCUUUCACUCUUCCUGCUCACCCCACCUACCAUGAUGAUGGUACAUCCCCACGUAUCUCUGGUUACAGUCAGAAGUUACGACAAAAGCGCAUGAGGUCUCAACCAGUAACUAUGGAUAACCCAGGGAAAUCGGGUGCUAAGUUUUACCAAUCCUAUGAUCGCUUGUUUAUUUUGAAGAGUCUCACCAGUGAAGAAGUUGAGAGAAUGCACUCGUUUUUGAAAGACUAUCAUCCAUAUAUUGUUGAAAGACAUGGGAAAACACUUUUGCCUCAAUAUUUAGGCAUGUAUCGUAUUACAGUAGAUGGUGUGGAACAUUAUUUGGUUGCAAUGAGAAAUGUUUUCAGCAAUCAUCUUCAAAUUCAUAGAAAAUUUGAUUUGAAAGGAUCUACAGUUGACCGAGAGGCCUCUGAUAAAGAAAAAGAGAAAGAUCUUCCUACACUCAAAGACAAUGACUUUGUGAAGGAAGGAAAGAAGAUUUUUAUUGGUGAUGAGGCAAAAGAUAAAUUGAUGGAUACAUUAACUGCAGAUGUUGGCUUUUUAACUAAGCUUCACUUAAUGGAUUAUUCUCUACUGCUUGGAAUCCAUGACUGCGCAAGGGCAGAGCAAGAAAACAGAGAAAGACAAGAGCAAGAAAGUGAGGAAAAUGAUGACAAUGAUGAUGACAGUGAUUCUGGUAGUGGACUUGAAAAUCGAAAUGUUGGAGAUGGUCGAUACAGUUACUGGGGCGGCGGUGGCAUUUCUACUCCCCCAGAUUCUCCACAUGCCGCUGCACAGUUUAUGAGAGAGUCAAGCCUUCAGUAUGAUGGUUGCAUUGUACCUGAACUUGACAUCUAUGCCAUUCCUAGCUCUGAAGGAGCACUAAUCAAAGAAAUAUACUUCUUGGCUUUAAUUGAUGUCCUAACACAUUAUGGUGUAAAGAAACAAGCUGCUAAAGCCGCCAAAAGUGUGAAAUAUGGUUCAAAUGUGGAUGGUAUAUCAACCUGUGAUCCUGAGGUUUAUGGGAGACGUUUCCUAGAGUUCCUCAGCAAAGCUAUCGAGUAAAUGCUCUCAUGAUGUUAUGGCCUAAGUUAUGACUUAUGACUGAGGGGAAAAGAAUUGAGCAGAUCGAAAUUUGUAAUAGAUACCCAGUGCAGAAGGUGUUGGAAGGCAUCAUAUCAUUCUUUGAUUUUUUACUUAAUUUUCAUGAGCAGAACAUGGAGGCCUACAUGUCAUCACACCUAGUAGUUUUCUUUCCUCAUUAAUUUGUCAAAUGGGAACGUGUACAAUUCUGUUUGACUGUCGCCUGAGCCUUAUGUCUGAAAUAUUUCAGCUGAGUUCAGGAUGAUCCUUUCUAAUAAUUUCAUUGUGAAGAAUUCCCCCUUUGCUUGGAAAAAUUUCUUAAAUGUUUCCUAAAGUGGCUUAUGUUUUUCCAUUUUUUUUUGUACUAUUGAGUUGGAUUUGACAUGCUCCCAUUUGACUCCUUUUUCUACUUUGCAAUUAAUCUAUGUGGGAAAGAGAGAAACCACUGGUAAGAAGCUUUCACCAAAUAUUCCGUUUCUCCACAUCACUUCAUGGUCGCAUUUUCUACAGAUCUUUUCUACAAGUGUUCAAUUAUUAUCUUAUUCAUUAAAUAUUUCUGUUAUUUUUUUCUGACUAAAUGAGGUAGAGAUUUAAAAUUUAUGGUGGCCACUUAAAAUUAAUUUAUUCCUUUGGUGAAUAUAUUCUUCCUUGGUGUCACAGUGAAGGGUUAAUCCUUCGUUUGUCAAAAGUUGUAAGCCUUUUUUUCGUAAGAUUCUGGAAGUGGAAUUUGCUCAUAUGUAUGAAGUGUUUGCAUUAUAUCAUUUACAUCUAAGCAUUAUGACGCACAUUUUACUCUCACUUAGUUUGGGGGUCUUGUACUGUAUUUAAUAGGUGUGAAUCAUCACUUUGAAGCAAGUCUGCUUCUUCUCUUGUUCAAAUAUCCUCUGCUUUAUCAAUGUUAUAUUAAUAAUGUGCAAUAUCUGUGCGACAGGCGUCUUUUCUUGUUCCUUUUUAGUCUUCUGUUUUUGUUUGUUUGUUAUAUUUCUCUGCAGUCCUUACAUCUCUUUAGUUAAACAUUCUUGCCUGUUAGCAGUAUAUUCAUAAAUUAAAUAGGCAGCAAGAAUGCAACUCACUCUUUUACUAGCAGGUAUGUCUUUAAAGGAGUGGUAAAAGUAUUAAUUUUAGCUGUGUGAAUAUCAGGUAACAUGUAAGUGUUUGUCAUGUCCAAGCUCAAUCAGUUUUAUUAUUGUUAAUAUAAUUAUGUAGUUGAAUGUUUUGUUUCUUCAUGCCAAAUUACUAUUAAGUAUUUUAUUUUGUUAAUGGUAUGUGUUUUUUCCCCCUUUUUGGCUUUUAAAGGCUUGUAUAGAUGCCCCUCCUGUAUGUAUCUCUUAUUCUAGUCGUAUAUUGUUGCUCCGUUGAAUUUGUUUGGUUUGGUCAGACACAAUAUAAGACUUAUUUCUGAAGACUGGUUGAAAGUUCUUUUGAGUUUUGUGCAUACCAUGUAUGCACCUGAGUAAACUCUUUCACAGCUAAGAGAAUAUGUUAAGUGUGUAUGAGAGCCAUGAAAAUAUAUCAUGUAAAACAUGAUGUUUAAGAAAAUAGCCUGACUACUGUAGUCUGCUUUAUAAUUCUAGUGAUUUUGUCAUGGUCAAAGGCCAGUGUGCUGCUAAUGAAGGUGAGACACAUAUAUACAUUAAAGUUUCUACUAUUUGUGCAUCAAAUCAGUCUAAAUGUUAUUUUGUUAGCAUCCACACUAUGUUGGAGUUUUUAAAAGAAUAUCUUAUUUGAAAAGCCAUUAUUUGUUUCACUUUAUUCACAAGACUACACAAGAUAAAAUAAUGUAUCCCAAGUAAGAAAUAAAUAUGCAUUUGUUUUUUGUUUUAGACCAGAAUCCAUAAAUUGGGCUAAGUAUACCGCCUCUUUGAAAGAUCAUUUAAUUACUGGUAUGUGUAUCUUCUGGUGCCAAAUUAUACCAUUGGUGAUGGGAACUCGCAUUUUAGGGCUUUAUGAUCUCAUAAUGGGAUAGUAGUGGAUUGUGUGUCGCAUGUGGAUAAUUUUGUUCAUCUGCAUUUCAAGAUACAUUUUAAGUUUUGAGAUGUUGUAAAAGUCUCUUUUUUUUUGGGUAUAGUUAUGAGAUGCUAAAUGCAUGUAAGCACCAAUCACCUCAAAUUUGCAGAUCAUACAAGGUCCUUUUGCUUUUAACAUUUGCUCAUGAUGUGCCCUGUGUAAUCUGGAAUCAUUUUUAUAAUGGUUUUGUCAUAAUAUGGAGAGAGUGCAUGUGUCUGUGUGAUGUGCUGUAUUGUGAUGAUUGAGAAUCUUAUUUGUGUUGGUUUGGUUUAAGUAUUGAUAAGAAACCUGUGACAGGACAGGCUUUUCGAGCUGGAUUCUGAGGUUUUGACUUGGCUCUGUAUUACGACUUUUUUUCUUAAGCUUACCUGUCAUUGUUUUUCUUGGUGUCGUUUGGCCAGCCAUAAAGCUCUCAACAAUACUGUUAUACUACCUGAUUAAAACAUUAGAGGUAGAAGAAAAUGAAGAUGUUAAUACGCAGGAUGAUUUAGAGCCAGUGUUAGGUGCAACAUUUUGUCAGUAAGUUGUAUGAGAUGUAUGAAUCAAUUACAUUCAGACGCUUAUUUCCCAUUGAAGGAAAACCUUCAUUGUAACCCAAUUCUUUAAAAAAAAAUUUGUUCCAUAGAAACUUACUUAAUUCAUUGAAUGCGAAACAUCCUCAUUCAUAGGCCCUGAUUGUCAUGAUGUGAGUCAACGUCCUGCCUUUUGUCCGCAUGCGCUUUUUAGAGGCGGAAUGUAAACAAUAUUUUUUCCCAUUUUUAUAUCUUUUUAACCUGUAACUCGCGCAUUUUGUUGAAAUUCAAUAAAUCAAAAGUUGCCCCGCAA